AUGUCGGCACUGAAAUUUGUGCGCUCCGUGUGGGAGUCGUUUCAAUCGACUUCUGGGGUUGAGCCACGCUUGAUCAACACUUUAAGGAUAACAGCGGUUGAGCCAGGCAAAGUGAACUUUGAACUACCUAUUGAGCAGCAUCACACGAAUCGGUUGGGCAUACUGCAUGGUGCCACCCUUGCCACGAUGGUCGAUACGAGUGGUUCACUUGCGCUUGCGUCUCGAGGCCUGUAUUCGACGGGAGUCUCGACGGAUAUCAGCGUGACCUACCUGGGUGCUGGCGGCAAGGUAGGUGAUGUGGUCAAGGGAGAGGUUAUCUGCGACAAAUUUGGCAAGACACUCGCUUUCACAUCCGUCAAAUUCAUGAACAGCAAAAACGAAAUCGUCGCCCGAGGCAGUCAUACGAAAUUCGUGGCUUCUGCAUUUAAGGACGAAAGAAAUAUCACCGAUGAGCUGAAACCAGAGGUGGAGAUGUACAUGCAGCAAGAGCCUUUCGAAGCUAGAUCCUGCAUUUGGACUUGUUAUGUUAGAGACUUGUGCGGAAGGCUUAGAGAUUGGCAUUUUGAUGAGACCCAUCAAAGCACAUACUCCUGUGGCUUCCCAGCCUGCCAUGAAGGCAGCGCCACUGCUUUGAACAUGGCACCACGCGCCUCCAAAUCCUCUGCGCGUGGCAUUCCAGGCCUUCCUCCUACCACCUUCGUUCUUGACAACGGCGGUUACACUAUCAAGGCUGGGUUCGCACCAGCGCCAUUCGUAUCUGAUCAGGACGCGCUUUUCAAGUGCCGUGUAAUUCCCAAUGCCAUUGUGCGCAGUCGCGACAGGAAAGUCUAUGUUGGCUCACAUUCGGAAGAAAUCACACAAUGGAGCGAAGCAUUAUUCCGGCGGCCUGUCGAAAAUGGACAAGUAGUGAGCUGGGAGACUCAGAAAGAGAUAUGGGAUCAAUCAUUCUUCGAUGAGAGUACUGCUACCACAGAGUUGCUGAUCACGAGUCCGGAAGAUACAACGCUGAUCUUCACCGAGCCACCAAAUACCAUGCCCGCACUACAGAAAAAUGCCGACGAGAUCAUCAUGGAGGAAUGGGGCUUCGGGGGCUAUUCCAGGAUUAUUGGUCCAUCCCUGAAUGCGUACAACGAUCUCCAUCCUCUGUUCGAAGAAACAUCGUCUCCUGCAAGUGACUCCAUGAAAAUGGAAUGCCUCCUUGUCAUUGACAGCGGCUACAGCCACACCACAAUCACUCCGACAUUUAAUGGUCGUCCAAUGCAUCGCGCCAUUCGUCGCCUCGACUUUGGCGGAAAGCAUCUCACCAACCUGCUGAAAGAGGUCAUAUCCGUACGUCACUUCGACCUACACCAAGACACCAAGAUCGUCAACGACAUCAAGGAGGAGGUGUCUUUCGUCAGUAGCGACCUCAGACGUGGUCUAGAGAAGACGUGGAAGGGCAAUAAGAGUCACCAAACUCCAGUGCCAACCAAAGUGCUGGAAGGAGAUGGCGCUGUGAAGGCGGAGCAACAGGCUCUGAGCGAUGAAUUCCGCCUCGACUAUAUCCUUCCAGAUGGCAUGCACAUACUGAAGGGAUUCAGUCGACCCCAUGACCCUAGCCCGGCAGCACGAAAACGUAAACAAGCAGCACUGGCGUCAGGAACUGCGGAUGCGGAGAUCUCGAUGACUCUUGGAAAUGAGCGUUUCACCGUUCCAGAGAUACUCUUCUCGCCCAGCGAUAUUGGGUCCAAACAGCCAGGCUUAGCAGACAUCGUCAUGCAGUCGCUCGCAGUGCUUCCUCCUCUUGUGCAAGCCACUAUGCUAUGCAACGUACUCGUUGUGGGCGGUACGGCGAAGAUUCCAGGUUUCGUCGAGCGUAUUGAAGCUGAGCUACGCACAAGAGUGAAGGCGGAGUGGAUAGUUCGUGUCCGCAAGAUGGAGGACUCCAUCACUUCCACUUGGCUUGGUGGUGCGAGGAUGGCAAGUCGUUCUCCUGAGAUUGUCAGAGAAUAUGGCAUCACUCGGGAGGAGUACCUCGAACAUGGCAGUGCAUGGGCGGCGAGACGAUUCAGGUCGUUGAGUUGA